ACAACGUCUACAACCACAACAACACCAUCGUCUACAACCACAACAUCGUCUACAACCGCAACAAUACCAUCGUCUACAACCACAACAUCAUCUACAACCACAACAACACCGUCGUCUACAACCACAACAACACUAAUGUCUGCAACAACACCACCACCACGUCUUCCAACAACGGUAAAAGCAACAACCACUCUUACAAGUGCUGCAACUGUUGCCACUACCACAACCACAGCUACAAAGAUGACACCUCCAUCAUCAUCAACUGUCAUGCCACAGCCAAACACCCCCAGCACUGGGAUGCCACCAUCUCAGACCACAAGGCCAUCUACUGUAACUGCUACCAGUGCCAGUUCUCCAGCCAAUCAGAAUGAGCCGGUUGACUCGUUCCCGAGGCAACCGGCGGUAGAAGUAGCAGGUGGUGCUCUGACCAGCCAGCUGGUGGAUACAGCAUCUCUGCUGGCUGUCCUGCUCUUCGGCCUGCUCUUCUUCUUGGUCACGGUGGCUGUGUUCGUCACGCAGGCCUACGAGAGCUACAGGAGGAAGGACUACACCCAGGUGGAUUACCUGAUCAAUGGCAUGUACACAGACUCUGGGGUGUGAGGGUGGAAGAGGUUAAGUACAACUCGUGGAGAUUGUUUUUGCGCUUGGAGUCAGAGACUCGAGACAGGAGGAUGGAUGGGGUGGUGACACGCUGGUGCUUCACAAGGUGAAGAUCCUGUGCUGCUGUCACAGUGAGGGGAGAGGUAAGAGCGGACUGAACUGAGCACCAGCUCACUGAACAGACUCUGAAGCAGUCACUGAUCUGUUUCACCACAGAUGUUCCACUUAACGCUUUCUUCUCAUUUUGCUUCUUUUUCUUUGAUGUUUUGAAUGUGAAGAGUUUGGCUUGUCCCGUUUUUGCCAGAUGUUAAUGUUACCUGGAUGUGACGCUGGUUCUAUGAGAACAUGCGAGGCCCAGUAACACACCAGUCUCCUCCACGUCGCUGUUGUUGGUUCCAGAGUGACUGGACCAGUCACUAGCUUACAGGGCUCAACAGAUGACCUCGUCAGUUGAGGUUUCAUUUCCAGGAGAGCUGUUCUGUUUGUAAUGCCAUGAAAAAGACUAAAGUGGAUCGUUUUUGUUUGUUUUUCAAAUAAUUGCUAGAUGAAAAAUUUAAAAAUUGGUUCCUUUUUUUUUGAGUUAUUGUCACCCUGCAGAUGAAUGUAGUCACAGAGAAGUCUUGUGCUCAUUAAAGACGAGGGCUGUUACUUGAAGCAGUUCAAGUUUGUUCUAAAAUUAGUUUGAACGCAGCCCCUACAGCUUAAUGCAUUUUCCACACAUUCAGUUUUGAAUAGAGGGGACAACCCUGUUAAGGACCAAAGCAUAUUUGUGACUACUACAUCUGAGAUGUGACUUUCAGUUUCUAGUAAUUAAUCAAUUACUUAUUCCCAUUAAAAAGACCACAGAAGUGACUAAUUGACUAAAAAUCUGAAAGCAAACCCAGACCCUUUAUUCAAAAACAACACUUGAUAUAUGGAAAACAACUUUAUUGUGAAACAAUCACAUUUUGACUUGUGGCCUUCAUCAGGGUCAAAGCAGAAGUUAUUACCAACAUUUCAGGUGUGUUCACUUUGAGUUUGACCUCCAAAGAAAGAGGUUUACAAUAUCUGCAGAAACUAUUUACAACCUGUCUGUUUAAAUGCAAUUACUCCAGUGAGUAAAGUGGCAUUUUAACUGAUAGAAAAGAUCCAAAACUACAAAAAUAAGAUGAAAGUUGUAAAAGAUUUAUUACAGUGGAAUAAUCCUUUAAAUGUAGCUGUCUGAUGAAGUACCAGUUCCAUGGAGUAGUGUGCGUUGAAAAAGAUCUGACCUGAGUGAGAGAUCUGGACUUGAAGUGGCCUCGUCCACACUUUAAUGAAAAUGGAAAAAACCUCAGGAUUUCACAGAAGUAUUAAAGUUUUCUCAGAAAGACAUUAGAAUUUGACACAGGUACUCCUGCCAGCUGAGCACAGUGAAAGAUGUAUUUCCAUCACUGUGUUUAGUUUCCCUGCUGCUUCUGCUGCUGCUGCAUCAGGGCCAAAGUAUAUACAGUAUGGUGUCUGGUGUAGUCAGCAGAGAGAGAGAGAGAGCGAGAGAAAAAACCGUGUCAUCUGAGUCAAGUCAUGGAGUCAAUGAUUCUUUCAUCAUCUGUCAGUCUGUUAAUUGUUGGCUCUCUGAUGAUGUUAAAGAAGACAGUCAGGCAGAUAUUAAAAAACCCUUCAUUCUCUUUAUACUGAGAAAUGAUCAAAUCCAUCCCAGUUACAUAAAAUACUUGAUCAAUAAUUAUAAUCAGACAGAGCAGUGAGGUCUUACUGUGCAUACCCACGCCAACUCAGCUGUUGCACUUACAAACCUGUCGUAUCUUGGAAUGAGAGCGGAAGCUUUGUGGAGACAUUCUGCCAGUGUAUUCCAAACAAUGGUCACUGAAUUAACCUUUGUUUACCCACAUGAAGUACAACUGAAGGUGACGGUGUUUGCAGACAGUUUAAACUGACAGUGUUGUUGUUUGUUAACACAUCUCUCCAUUUCAUUUCAUGACAGACAUUUUGGGAAAUAGCUUUGUCUGCUGUAAAACCCACACUUCACCAGAAAAUUCUUUAGGCUCAUUAUUUACAGGGUCCAGGAUGUUUUUAGCUUAGCACAAAGCUGGGGUCCAGUUAGUGUUUACCAAAAGAGACAAUAACACACGCCAAUACUGACACACCCAAAGCUGUUGCUGUUAUUGAGCUAGCAACAUCACAACAGAUGAGACUGUCCUCCUGUAAGAAACAAGCCCGUAGGUCGUCUGUGCAGCAGGUUAUUAUGACCCAUAGUU